AUGGCGGAGCGGCGUCAUCAAGCCCGGCUGGUGGAGAUCCUAUGGUUGCAGGAGGCUGAACAGGAGUACGAGCGUGUUACAGUGGCAGUCACGUUGAGGCCUGAGCUUGCAGAGAUUGGAACAGGUUGGAAGCAGAUUAGCGAAACACGCUGGGCCGUGAAGUUGUUCGACAUGAAUUUCACAGACGUGGCAGCGAGCUUGCCGCGAGCUGAAGUGGACAGUAAGAUCGAGGAGUUGCAGAAGCCCACCGAGAUGAUCGCUCUUGCUCAUCAAGGAUAUCAGGCUCGGAGAGAUGUGCCAGCAGAAGCGUUGGUCCCAGUGGAUGAGCAUGAAGUGGAGUUUGAAGGCAAGAUGUUGACCAUGAAGGCGAACGGUGCAGUGGAGCGUGCAGUGCAAGCUUUGAGGUACCAGUGCAACAUUUUUCUUGCUCAGAUGGAGGAAGGCGUCUCACAGCAGAGCAAAAGUGGGAUGCAGGGCUGGCAACGACACUCAGAGGCAUGCCCUGGGAUUACCCUAGUUACCUUGGAGGUCAUCUGGGAUUUGGAAGGCCGAGGCGACAGAGCAACUGGAGAAGAGGAUGAAGCUGCAUCAGACCCUGAGACGGUGAUCCCGGACGAGCGCACUGCAACGCAUGAGAGAAAGGGUGAGUCCGAGGAUCAGAGCGAGCCGGCAGCGAAUCCGAGGGUGGUUCCACCUGAGAGCGCUCGUGUGCGGGACCCGGCGGAGGAAGAGCGUGACGCCAAAGCAGCAAAGGACGAAGUGCUGGAAUUGCCCUAUGAUGAGCAGCAAGCUGAGACGAUGAUAGAACAUGACCACCAGCUCACUGGCGAUGUGGAGGCAGAGCAAGGAUUCAAGAGUUCGGAAGGAUUCAAUGGUCUUUUGCAUGUGGAUGAGAUGCUUGGAAUUGGCACUGAGGACUUUAUCAUGGAGAGACUGGUGCCCGCAGUGGAAAGCAGAUACAAAGUGACGUAUGAGCUCAUCACCAAGCCCGGACAGGUGUUGUGGAUGCAGCAGCGAGUGGCGCAGGGCUUUUUCCAGGUCGGGACAGUUCCCACGGCAACAAAUGUGGCGGACUUGAACACGAAGACUUUGAGCCGAGAUCGGGUGAAAAUCUUGAGUUUCUUGGUCGGCGUUGUGUCGGGCGAGUUUGAAGGUGAGACAGAAGAAUGGGUGCCUGUAGGUUUUGGUGAAUACGAGGCCCUCAUGAUGAAGGAGAACACGAGAUUGGCCAUCAGGAGGAUUAGAUCUGAUUUGAGUGGCCAUGAGGUUUUUGAAGGCGCGAGUAGCACGUCGAUCACACAGACGGCAAAGAGAGUGUUCGCAGCUGGGAUGAUCAGUGUUUUACUGCAGCCUGGCGGCAGCGAGAAGAUCGAGCACGACGCCUUGAGCAGAGACAAUGAGCCCAAUGGUUUGAACAAUCAGCAUGAUUGGAUCAUGGAUGCGAUUUUCUUUUGCAGUAUUGCAUGGAUGGCAGUUUGCAUUUCUUAUGGAUGUUUUUACUUGAUGAAAUGUGGCUACGGCAAGAUUUCAGCGUGGUUUGGAACUGCGAAGGUCAAAGAGGAGAACAUUGUGUUCAUCACUGAGUUUGGAAAGCAUUAUCACAGACGAAAUUGCAAAUGGCUCGUGAAGAGCAUACUCAUCGAGAUUGAAGAGAACACUGCAGUUGCAAGGCACUACAAGAAGUGCCACACUUGCCACUACUUGGACAGAAACGCUGUCGUGGCCACACUGACCGAAACCGCAGACUUUGGGUUCAGCGGCUUCGACGACGCUGGAAGCUGCGACGCGGCAUGCCACAGGUUCUCCUCGCUAGUGCAGAUACUGCCGCAGAAGUGUCGCAGAAGGCUGGCUUGA